AUGUUCCUCGGGCCGGGAGAACUAGAGAUUGCGGACGAAAGCCAAGCCAUCCUUGCUACAUUGACUGACAUCUCCGAUACAAGAACCAUCACACUUUUUAUAACAGUUCACCUGCGGGCCCCUGGGCUCGAGUCCAGAUCCGCACCCUUGCUUGAUAUAUCAAUUAAACACCCGACCUGGCUGUCUCGAGCCGACUAUGAGCGACUGCUAGCUUCUCUACCUUCGUACACUGGAUCACCAGAACUAGAAGUCCAAGGAGCAGAAGACGGAAGAGAUUGGCUUAUGCAAAUAAUUGAAUAUUUUGAUUCGGAAGACACCAAAAAAUCAUUGUUAGCCGAUCUAACGAAUGAUUCGUCCACGACUGAUAAGAUCGCACCUCCUACGCGUACCGCUAUCACCCGAGCAUGGUUCUACCUCCCUUCUCUUUCCACUCGAUCUAAACGAGACGAUAUGGUUCGACUUGCCCAAAUAUUCGAUCACUGGAUUCGUCCUUGCCGGGAAACCAGGCCUGCUUUGUAUCGAAGCACCCAGCCCAACUGCCCCAGACGCAUUUAUCAGCGAGGUCAAGACGGUCUCGUGGGCGGAUAUUCCCUCUCAUCAGAAAAAGAUUACGGAACGACAUCGCGAGUCCGGCUUAGCGGCACGAGCAUUUGA